UUCCUGUGGAUGGGGACAUUCGCCCGUGCCACUCCGGGACAGGAAUGUUGUCAUGGGGGAGGUGGGGCCGCACUCCGGCCCUGGCAUGGAGUUUGGUUUCUGGGGUGAACAGUGUCAUAUGGGAAAACAAGUUCCCUGGGCUCAGGCGGUACCCAGGGGUUCCAGACCCCUGGCCAGCCAGGCCCCUUCCCAGCACCGCAGCCUCCAGCCAGCCCGCACCUGCUGCUCGGCAGCUCCGCCCUGAGCUCCAGGGGCUCCUUUCUGGCACCUCCUGUCUCUCUUGCCCCCUUGGGUGCCCCAAAUGUCCCCUUGGUGUUAGCUGCUCAUUGGUCCAGGUUGGCUAGAGUCCUAAACUGCCAGUUCCUGGCAUCCUAGGACUGGAGGAUCUUAUUCCUUGCCGGGCCAGGGGCCUCAGGGGGCGGGGGCUGUGUAGGGGGUACCCGUACCAGGCCCUCUUGCCUCUUCCCUGCAAACAAACUUGCAUUUCAUCUCUGGACUCAGGGCAGCCAUGUUCCUCCUUCCUUGACCCCUCCGUCCGCUCUGUGUCAUGCCACACUCUAUCUCAAGUUCUUGCUUGGCAGAAAUCCCUGUCUUUUGGGAAGUUUGCUUCUGGGGGUGGAGGAAAGAUAGAACAUCAAGCACAGCAGCCAGGGCAUGGGCUAGAGAUGUCCUUAAUUAUUUCUGAGUCAUGGUGCUUCCCUUCUGUUUGGGAGAAUGGCUUGUCAAAACACUCUACCCGUCCGAUCGAGAUGGUUUCUAAGAGGCGGCUUUACAACCAUCCCCCACACAUCAUAUUUCGGAGCAGAACUCGUGAAGUGUGUUUACAGCUUAACUUUGCACGUUGUCAGAUCUCUUCAUCACCCGUGAGAGGCGGCGGACACAUCAAAGAGGUCAUUGUGGCUGCUGAGGCAGAGCGGGGGGACGGUGAGAUGGCAGAAGCCCCAGGCAGCCCCAGCCGUCAGGGCCCUGGGCUCAGCAGGGAUGGCGAGCAGGCUCAGGUCAAGCUGCUGGUGAACGAGGAUGGCCGCUACGUCUGCGUGCUGUGCCACAAAACCUUCAAGACGGGCAGCAUCCUCAAGGCCCACAUGGUCACCCACAGCAGCCGCAAGGACCACGAGUGCAAGCUAUGUGGGGCCUCCUUCCGGACCAAGGGUUCACUCAUCCGGCAUCACCGGCGGCACACAGAUGAGCGCCCCUACAAGUGUGCCAAGUGUGGGAAGAGCUUCCGGGAGUCAGGUGCGUUGACCCGACACCUGAAGUCUCUCACCCCGUGCACAGAAAAAAUCCGCUUCAGCAUGAGCAAGGACGUGGUUGUCGGCAAAGAAGACGCGCCUGCAGGUCAGCGAGGGUCUGGCACCUCCCCUGUGGGAACGGUCCCAUCUUCAUCGGCGACAGGCGAACCUAUGGAGACCUCACCCGUGAUUCACCUGGUGACAGAUGCCAAGGGCACUGUCAUCCAUGAAGUCCAUGUCCAGAUGCAAGAGCUUCCCCUGGGCAUGAAAGCCCUGGCCCCAGAGCCCCCGGGCCCCGAGGAGCUUCCCUGCUCUAGCGAGGGUGGCCGUGAGAACCUGCUACACCAGGCCAUGCAGAACUCCGGCAUUGUCCUUGAGCGUGUCAGCGGCGAGGAGGGAGCCCUGGAGCCAGCCCCUCCUGCCGCACCCAGUCCCCAGACCCUGGGAGAUGGUCCCCCAGAGCUGCCACUGCUGGAGGUGGAACCCGUGGAGACACAGGUGGCCAGUGGGGCCUCUGCUGUGCCCAGGACCCACCCGUGCCCUCAGUGCAGUGAGACCUUCCCGACAGCGGCCACCCUGGAGGCCCACAAAAGGGGCCAUGCAGGGCCAAGGCCGUUCACAUGCGUGCAGUGUGGCAAGGCCUUCCCCAAGGCCUACCUGCUCAAGAAGCAUCAGGAGGUGCACGUGCAUGAGCGCCGCUUCCGCUGUGGAGACUGCGGGAAGCUCUACAAGACCAUCGCCCAUGUCCGCGGCCACCGGCGUGUCCACUCUGAUGAGCGGCCCUACCCAUGUCCCGAGUGUGGCAAGUGCUACAAGACCAAGAAUGCCCAGCAGGUGCACUUCCGGACACACCUGGAGGAGAAGCCGCAUGUGUGCCCGUUUUGCAGCCGAGGCUUCCGGGAGAAGGGCUCCCUGGUGCGGCACGUGCGGCACCACACGGGUGAGAAGCCCUUCAAGUGUUACAGGUGCGGCCGUGGCUUCGCCGAGCACGGCACGCUCAACCGGCACCUGCGCACCAAAGGGGGCUGCCUGCUGGAGGUGGAGGAGUUGCUGGUGUCUGAGGAGAGUCCCACGGCAGCCGCCACCGUACUCACUGAGGACCCGCACACCGUGCUGGUGGAGUUCUCAUCGGUCGUGGCUGACACCCAGGAGUACAUCAUCGAGGCCACUGCGGAUGACGCAGAGACUAGCGAAGCCGCAGAGAUCAUUGAGGGCACCCAGACGGAGGUGGAUAGCCACAUCAUGAAGGUGGUGCAGCAGAUCGUGCACCAGGCCAGCGCUGGACACCAGAUCAUCGUGCAGAAUGUGACCAUGGACCAGGAGGCGGGGCUGGGCCCAGAGGCGGCCGCGGCCGACACCAUCACCAUCGCUACGCCGGAGAGCCUGACGGAGCAGGUGGCCAUGACGCUGGCCUCGGCCAUCAGUGAGGGCACUGUACUCACGGCCCGUGCGGGUGCAAACGGCGCCGAGCAGGCCACUGUGACCAUGGUUUCAUCGGAGGACAUUGAAAUCCUGGAGCACGCGGGCGAGCUGGUUAUUGCCUCACCGGAGGGCCAGCUCGAGGUGCAGACGGUCAUCGUCUAGCCUGGCCGCCCGCAGGCUCUCGGGGCGGGGCUGGGCAGGGGCGAGGACCCACAGAAGGGACACAGAAUGCAGAUGUUCAGAGGGGGUGUGGGAGUGUAAAUAGUUUUUUGUUGCUUUACAAUAAAACAUGAAAAUCCA